AUGUUCCCUGUUGCGGUUGCAACGAACUACAGCAACUGGGUGAAUUGCGAGAACUCGACGGAAUGCGACGCGGUCGUGUUGCACGGCUGGAACUCCUCCUUCAAAGCGGGAUACGUCAGGAUCUCAGAGCUUAGGCCGCACACGACCUACUCACUAUCAGUGAGAGGCUGUAACGACCUAGGAUGUGGGGACGCGAACACAGCGAUCAUCACAACCGACAUGUCAGAGCCGAGUGAACCUGCCCGCCUGACAGUAAAUGCAGCAGAAGAUGGUUCGUCGGCUCAGCUCGAGUGGAAGGCGCCGGAUGAGCCAAGGGGUCCGCUGACAGGCUACGUUGUCUCCUGGCAAUGUGACCAGGAUCAUCUGAUGGCUGCGAUCACUGAUCAGUCCUUUUUUGCCAUCCCUGGUAUUCCGGACGUGGCCCAGGAGUGCACCUUCUCGGUGUCUGCUUUCAACGUGGCGUCGGACGAGCGGGAACUGCACGGAAAUUCUGCCAUUCUGACGAUGCCUUGGCCACCCCAGAAAUCAUAUGAUCACCAUGGCUACUCCGAUGUCUUAAGUGUCGUACGCUCUUGACGUCGGUUAAAAUGUCAUGGCAAUCCAUACUCUAAUAUGGGGAUCAAAACCUGAAAAAGGAAAGACAAUAUGUUUGUUUUGUUUGAUCUGUGUCUUUGUGUUCCUUUCAGUAAAUUUGCG